UCCUGUUUACAUCUGCCACCAAGACAGAGAGGCCGAGGGGAGCACACGGCUGAGGCGCAGUUGGAGGCAGCACCGUGCACAGGGAGAGCUCCCUGCGGUGGGAGACGGCCCCGGCAUGGACACGCUGCCCAUCUACCACGGGCGCAUCACGCGGGAGGCUGGGGAGAAGCUGCUGCUGGAGGCGGGCGUGGACGGCAGCUACCUGCUGCGGGACAGCGAGACCAUCCCCGGAGCCUACUGCCUCUGCGUGCUGCAUCACGGUUAUGUUUAUACCUACAGAGUGUCCCAGACAGAAACUGGAUCCUGGAGUGCUGAGACAGCGCCUGGGGUCCAGCGGAGGCUCUUUCGGAAAGUGCACAACCUCAUCUCGGCCUUCCAGAAACCCAACCAAGGCAUUGUAACACCCCUGCAGCACCCAGUCAUCAACCACAUGAAAGCCAAAUAUUCCCCAGGGAGGAAUGAAGGCCGUGACUUCCACCUGCAGCCAUCAUGAGGAUGUUUCCCCAACUGUGACAUAACCACAUCUUCCAGUGUCUCUUCUAGUCCAUGCUCUAAACCAGAACGAUUUAUAUGAUAGUUAAUACAACUCCAUGAGUUUUCUUGUAACAUUUACAGAAAUGUGUAUUUCAUACAAUUUAUAGUUCAAAAUGUAGAAUUUUAAGUUUCAGAAUACUUCAAAUUUGGAGUGAGAUUUUUUUUUUUUGGUUUCUGUUUGUUUGUUUUCUAAGAGAGGACAAAAAAAGGAAGAACGUAAUAUCUUUUCCCCCCUUUAUAAUGUCAAGUAAAAAAUAUUUUUCCCUUCAAGAUUAGUUCUUAAUUAAUAAUUUGUUACUAAUUUUACAUUGCUGAACUUUGGAGUCUUCUUUGCUUUGUUCUGAUUGGCAUUUAUGCAGAACUGGGCAAGUCCCCUUUUAUAACCUUAGGAGAAUUGUGUACAUUAAAGUGUC